AUGUUGCGAUCGCUGGCCACGCUGCAAACCCGGCCUCUUGUACAGAACUUGAUCGCCGGAACGGUUUUGUUCGGUACCGUCGGUAUCUAUGUUGCCAUCGCCAACUUGGGUGCCGGAGCCGGCAAGCCCAAUUCCCUGACGAUGAACUACAUUACCUCGUCGACCCUCUACGGUAUCUUUGCCAUCUCGGGCUUCUUCGCCGGCUCCAUAAUCAACCGCUUCGGACCCAAAUAUGCCGUCAUGCUGGGCGCCUCUGGAUAUCCAUUAUAUGUGACUGGUCUUCUCCUGUUCGAUGAGUAUGACAUCCUAGUCCUGCCGAUUCUCGGGGCCGUUGCCCUCGGCUUCAGUGCCGGCCAGCUCUGGGCGGGCGUGAACUAUAUUGCCAUGGCAUAUGCGGAUGAACACGAAAAAGGCCGAUUCUAUGGGUUUCAAGCCGCCAUGCAAGCGUUCGGCAACCUGGUCGCGGCGUGCCUCGUGCUGGGAAUCAACAUCAGCAAUGUCAGCAGUGGUGGCGUCCCGCUGUCAGUCUACCUCACCUUCAUUGGAAUCAUGUGUGGGGCAACGGCCUUGACCUGGUUCCUCAUCAAGCCGGAAGACGUCCGCCGUAAGGAUGGAACUGCUUUGGCCAUUUACAAACACGAGUCUCUGAUCAAAGAAGUCGUGAGUGUCUGCAAGCUGGUCUUUGACUGGAAGGCCAUGGCACUGGCUCCGGCGCUCUUUGUGACCGAAUUUGUGCUGAUUCUGCAGCCCGGCAUCAGUGCCGUAUACUUUGACCUGCGCACGCGAUGUUUGGUCGCUGUCAUCUCUGGUGUUGUCUCCACCAUAGGUGCUUUCUCGAUGGGCAUGCUCCUUGACUGGCCUCGCCUGAGUCGUCCCACACGCGCCCGAGUCGGGUUUUGUGUCCUUGCCUCCAUCAUCGUUAGCAUCUAUAGCGGCGAAGGUGGUUGGCUCUACAACGACCUGCCACAGGAUGAGCCUGAGGACAACCCGGCGUACGACUGGACCAGCAGCCACUUCGCUGGAUUCUUUGUCCUGGACGUCCUCUUCAGCACAGUGGGGGCCAUGAGCCCGGUCUAUGUUGCUUGGCUGCUGGCCUCUCUCACCAACGAUCCCAGAAAGUCCGGACAAUACGCAGGAUUGAUUCGAUCAGUCAUGGCCGCGGGAACGGCCGUGGCUUUCGGCAUCGCCGCUGGGGGGACCUCGGACAGGCAUCAAUGGAUCGUUCACACGGUCUUGCAGUUCGCUGCGUUGGUGCCUCAGGCAGUCGUGGCCUUUACUCAAAUCACCGAAACCAAUUACGGUAAAGAAGAGUUGGUCAUAAUUCCAGAGAGCAUUGUCCCGGAGAUCGAGGCACGCCAGCCUAACAAAGCUCUGGGGGCGGGAGAUGGAUCCUUUGCUGAGAAGGUCCGUGAGUUGGAGCCGUUUGUUUGA